CGCGGCGGCCGGCGCUUCCCCGGAGGAACCAGACGCGGCACGGUCGUUUUUAUACCUUCCCGCGCGGAAGCAACGGAAGGGCGGGGCUCCUCGCGAUUAGGCGGAGAAGGUCACCGGCUCCGCUGCCAUGAAGGUGAAAAUUAAGUGUUGGAAUGGUGUGGCCACUUGGCUCUGGGUAGCCAACGAUGAGAACUGUGGCAUCUGCAGGAUGGCGUUUAAUGGCUGCUGUCCAGACUGUAAGGUGCCUGGCGACGACUGCCCCCUGGUGUGGGGCCAGUGCUCACACUGCUUCCACAUGCACUGCAUCCUCAAGUGGCUGAACGCGCAGCAGGUGCAGCAGCACUGCCCCAUGUGCCGCCAGGAGUGGAAGUUCAAAGAGUGAAGCCUGUGCUCUGCCCAGCCCCCUUCGCCCAGCAGUACCCAGGGACCUUGAACUGCGGACAAGGAUGCUUCUGUUUGCGUGAG